AUGCUUGGGGAAAGGCAUGGUUUGGAGAUCUCCCAGCGCUCUCUUGCUCGACACUUCAAAAACCUGGACCUUCAUCGGCGCCAAGAUGAUGUCGAUCGCGGACUAGUCACCCUGGACCAGGUCGCAGAACAUAUCCGGACCUCUAAGCGCCGUCCUGACGGUAAACUCGCUGGCUAUCGAUGUGUUCAGAACAUCCUUCGCCACCAAAAUGACGUUGUUGUCCACCGACUGCUUUUUUUGCACCUUUGGGUUCCAAUGAUCCAAACGUCUUUGAACCAAUGGAUGCAUGACUACAACUCGUACUCCAAGCGUUUUGACGAAAAAACCCAGCUCCCAACCGGCUGCUCGCCUGAUGUAUGUUACCACGCACCGGUGGCGAACAAAGGCGUGGAAGGCUUGAUCCCGAUCCCCGCAGGCGUUGUUGACGACCUCCAAGCCCAGUACUAUCCAAAUGCCAACGAGUUGAUGAUGACCUCUCCCCCAUGGCUCGCCGAAUUUGUGACCGCCACGCAAACUGAAUUGAACAUUGUUCCAACUAGAAUCGAUAUGGACAAUAUAUGGCCCACAUUCCAUAGAAUCCUCGCGUUCAUGCGAGCUUAUGAUCAGAACCUACUUGGGACUGCCCCAGGAGUCCCUCGUCCUCCAACAAAUUUUGAACAGGCAAAGAUUUCAAUCGAGAAUCGAUUUGGUCGAGUGCCACAUGGCAACUGA